AUGGACAACUUCCUGUGUCACGAAACAGACGACACAUUUAGCUGUGAAGCCGCUGACAAACUCAAUGACUGCGAAGACGAGGAAAUGAGGAAGAGAUGCACUGACGGACCUUUCAGAGACUUUAACUUUCACAGCGACAGUCAGCGUGAAAAACAUGACGUUACUCGAGACAAUCCUAACGACAAACACAAUCAGAGCUUUGAGAAACACGAGGAUCCUUCUUUGAGUCCUGUGGACAAACUUCACUCAGCUAAUGACACACGUGGGGACUUAUUACCACGUAACACCAGUCAUACUCCAGCUGAACACCGUCAAUGUGAAAACAGGCAAACACCAAGUGAUAAAACAUCAGAGUUCUGUGAGCAAGCUGCAGCUCAGAGAUCAGACGCAUGUGACUUUAACAACACUAACACAACUGAGGAUGAAGCCAAGCACUCUCAGACUGAAAGCGUCCUCUGUGAUGCAGGGAGUGAGUGUAAGUCCUGCAGAGGGAUUGACGGUGGUCAGUGUGACGGGGACUCAUUAACACGUAACACCAAUGCUACUCAUGCAGACCAGCGUCAAUGUGAAAACAAGCAAACACAAAGUGAGAACACAUCAGAAUAUUGUGAGCAAACUGCAGAUCAGAGCUCAAACUCCACGAAUAAUCAAACUGAGGAUAAAGCCAAGCACUCUCAGACUGGAAGCGUCCUCUGUGAUGCAGGGAUUGAUUAUAAAGCCUGCAGAGGUAUCGAUCAGACAUCAGACACACAUCGUGUCGCUGAUUGUAACCACUGUGCUGGGGACUUAUUAGCACGUAGCACCAAUGCUACUCAUGCAGACCAGCGUCGUGAUGACACGCCAGGUGUGUGUGAGCAGACUGCAGCUCAGAGCUCAGACGCCUCGGACAACAAGACAGAGGAAGAGGAAGCUGAACCCUUUCAAAAUAAGAGCCUCCUGUCGGAUCAGAAAUCAAACAGAAAUCACGUCGCAGAUUUGAGGAGUCACACCUGUCUCCUCUCCUUGUCCCUGCAGGUGGUGUUGGAGCUGAUCGAGCUGAGAGAGUUGGGUGCAGCUCGAUCCCUCCUCAGACAGACCGACCCCAUGAUCAUGCUGAAGCAGACGCAGCCGGAGAGGUACAUCCACCUGGAGAACCUGCUGGCUCGCUCAUACUUCGACCCCCGAGAGGCGUACCCAGACGGCAGCAGUAAAGAGAAACGGAGAGCAGCCAUCGCUCAGGCUUUAGCUGGAGAAGUGAGCGUCGUCCCUCCCUCUCGUCUCAUGGCUCUGCUCGGACAGUCUCUGAAGUGGCAGCAGCAUCAGGGCCUCCUUCCUCCCGGGAUGACCAUCGAUCUGUUCAGAGGGAAAGCAGCCGUGAAAGAUGUGCAGGAGGAGGCCUUCCCCACGCAGCUCAGCAGACACAUCAAGCGUGGCAGAGCUCUUUUCAGCUCCCUGCCCAGCAUGCUGCCCGCUGGGAUCAGCUGCGCUCCGCCGCCAUGGUCAUCACCUAGGGCGGUGGACCUCCAUGGACCGGACCCGGAAGUGCCCGACAACGGCAAAACGGAGCCAUCUGCCCCGCUGGAAUGGCGAACGCGAAUGGCACCGCCUCGGCCGUAUCCUGGUCCCCCAAACACUCUAAGCAGAGAGGUGGUGGAGAUCGGCGCCCGCGAUCAAACCAGGGCAG